AUUUUUUCUUGAUAUGGGGAUAGAUAGACUAUACCACGGAGUACUUUAUAAAAAACAUACGGAGUAAUAAAAAACAGAAGGGAGAGAUAGGAGGAGGAAAUGGCGUGGGUCUGGACAACGAUUGCUUUGUUUGCGGCGGCGGCGGCGGCAUCUCUAUUCCUCCAAGUACAUAGCGCAGUGAAGAAAAAGAAGAAACUGGCACCAGGUCCAAGAGCUCUUCCCAUCCUGGGACACCUUCACUUGCUCGGUAAAAACCCGCACCGUGAUUUAAGCAAGCUUGCCAAAUUGCACGGCCCCAUAAUGCGUUUGCGGUUCGGGUUUAUCGAACACGUCGUCGUUUCCUCCCCGCCGGCCGCACACCUCUUCCUCAACACUCAUGACCUGCUCUUCGCCGGCCGGCCACCCCACCAGGCCUCCAACCACAUCAAUUACGGCCAAAUCAACCUGACCUUCGGCCAGUACGGCCCUUACUGGCGCGCCAUCCGAAAAAUCUGCACCUUGGAGUUGCUCAGCAGUCACAAGAUCAAAUCUUUUCAAUCUGUCAGAACAGAGGAGAUGUGCCUUCUCGUUCAAUCGCUCAAAUCGGCGGCGGCGGAGGUGGAUCUGAGUGCCCGGGUCGCGGCCCUGGCGGCCGACAUGAGCUGUAGGACGGUGUUCGGGAAGAAGUACGAGUUCAAGGACAUUGAUGAGAGGGGAUUGAAGGUGGCGGUUAAAGAGACUAUGGAGCUAUUUGCUCGGCCGAAUCUUGCGGAUUUCUUUCCGCCAUAUCUGGGCUGGCUCGACCUGCAAGGCUUCACGAGAAGAUUGAAAGCCACCGCCGGAGUCUUUGAUACGUUCCUGGAGAGGAUUCUUGAUGACCAUGAGCAGCUGAAGGGGGAGAGUGGCGAUGAGAAGAGGACCAAGGAUUUUGUUGACAUUUUCUUGUCUAUCUCGAAAUCUGGGGAAACUGACUUCCACUUCAGUCGUCAACAUGUCAAAUCUAUUUUGCUGGAUAUGUUUGUAACAUCUAUGGACACUUCAGCGACUGUAAUUGAAUGGACGGUAUGUGAAAUCAUAAAACACCCACAAGUUAUGAAGAAAGUCCAACAAGAACUAGAAAGCAAAGUGGGACUAGAUAGGAUGGUGGAUGAAUCAGAUUUAGAAAAUUUGAAAUACUUAGAAAUGGUCAUCAAAGAAUCCCUCAGACUCCAUCCUGUGGCACCACUUCUUCUCCCUCAUGAGGCAAGGGAAGACUGUGUGGUUGAUGGUUUUCACAUACCAAAAGGAGCACGAAUCAUGGUGAAUGUUUGGGCGAUUGGGCGUGACCCAAACGUAUGGCCCGAUCCCGAGAAAUUCAUCCCAGAAAGAUUUGAAGGUCUGAAUAUAGACUACAAAGGACAACAUUAUGAACUCAUUCCUUUUGGUUCUGGAAGAAGAAUGUGUCCUGGCUUGCAACUUGGAAUCACUGUGGUCAGGUUAGUGGUGGCACAAUUAGUGCAUUGCUUUGAUUGGGAACUUUCAAAGAGUAUGUCACCAGCUGAAGAAUUAGACAUGACCGAGGAGUUUGGUCUUGUGCUAACUCGUGCCAGUCACUUGAUGGUUGUGCCUAAAUAUCGAUUGUGUAUUUAAUCUCAUGGUAAAGCAAGCAUGUCUUCUGUUGUUACGUUCGGGGCCCACCAACGACAAUAGAAUUGACAUACUUCCUCCGUUCCAUAAAAGUUGCAACAUUGGAAUUUCUGCACUAUUCACACACCUUACUUUGACUACGAUUUUCUAAUAAUAUAUAUAAUAAAACUAUUAUGUAUAAAAUAUUAAUAAAUUUGUAUUAGUGUAAAUUUCCAAUAUAUUAACUUUUUUUAAUGUUUACUAAUACGUAAAUAAAUAUAAUUACAGUCAAAGUUGCGCGUUGGCAAACGUGAAAGUCAAAUUGUUGCAACUUUUAUGGAACGGAGGAUAGUAUAUGGGAAUAGUGUUGUACAUACUCCCUCCGUACCUAAAUAAAAGCAUCUGUUUCCUUUUCGGG